CAAAAUUCGUACCGUCAUGAGAAAACAGCUGAUUAUAAAAAUCUAUCUCUCUGCUUUCCAUCUACCUUUCCCUGUUCUCGCGUUUCUUCGACUCUCUCUCUCCUCUCUCUCGCUUUCGAUUCUGACGCGCUUGCUUACUCAACUGUGGUUUCUCGGAAGGGGAGGGAAAGGGGAAAAUAGAGGAAGGCGUUAGUACAGCGUGUUAGGCGUUGCAUGACGAGCGCUUCGGAGCUGUUCUACGGCAGGAGAUCGCGUUUCGGUCGGAACAGUCUCGAUCUUGGAGGCCUGGAUUGGUCUCUCGAUCGGAGCUUCCACCACCCCCGCCACGGCUCCGGCUCCGGCGCUGGCAAUAGGCGCCGCCAGCACCAGCAAAAUCCGAGCAACAACAGCGGCGGCAAUAAUACUCGUCGGGAACAUCACGAUCUCGACGGAUGUGAUCCUUUCCGCCGACCAGGAUCCUCUCUAAUUAGGCACCACCUCCACUCUAAUCGCCCGUCUAAUUCUGCGGAGCGUGAUACAAUUCGACUAGAUGAAGGGAGCAGCCAAUCUUCCUCGAGCAGCACCAUCAAUUUGGAAAAUAUUGGUGGCACACACAAUAGACAGAGACUCAAUGGGAAUGAUAGGCUUCCUGGAGCUGUCAUACUUGCAAGGGAAAGGCUUCUCGAGAGAUUAAGAGGUGUAGCUCUAUCUGGAAACAGGAGAACCAACAGGACUUCUACAGGCAACAAUCGAGGCGCAGUCAUAUUGGGAGACGACUUCAGGCUCAUUGCAGGAGACUGGGAAACCAAUUUUCCAAGGGAUUUAGUGCCACAAGAAACAAGCAAUAGGCCUCCCGGCCUCAGCCGAGAGGCCCUAAACUGUCUGAAGGUGGAGGUUUUCAGCAAAACAAAGUGCAGUAGUAGUAGCAAUAAGGGGGAAAUGUCGAGGGUAUUCUUGGAAUGCAGUAUUUGUCUGGAGAACUUUCUGGAAGGGGACGAGCUUCUAUGCUUGACUUGUGGGCAUAGGUUCCACUCCGGUUGCUUGUAUCCUUGGGUUCGGACUUGUGGGGAUUGCCCUUACUGCCGGAGAGAAAUAGUUGUAAGUAGUAGUAGCCGCCAACUGAAGCAAUGAUUCUCCCACCCUUGUUGACUAAACUUUGCAACUGGGAACUGGCUUCUCCUCUUAACCAAGUUUUGAAUUUUGGUACUCGACCUAAUGAACAACCUGCGGUUCAUAUCUGAUUACACAUCUGGUUGUAAUGUAAUACUCUUCCGUCUUAUUCCUGAUAUAAAUUUUGUUGUCGACGAAAAAAUUGACCAUAUCUAUA